AUGCAUGGCACUGGGUCAAGGGUAGGGAAACCUCCAACACAUGUUACGGCUUCAUAUAGUCUGAAAGCAGGUGAUACAUACGCUGCUAGUCUGUCGCAUCUUCGGGUGUGGCGACACAGAGCAGAUGGAGGCGACAAUCUCUGUACAGAAGGCAACGCCACAGCUAUCACUUUCUUUGUUGCCUCUUCGAAAUCACCCGGUUCAUUGAAGGAACAGGCAGCCGCCAUCGGACGUAACUCAAAGACUGUCAGUGAAUUUUUAGAGAAGAACUUUACAGAUGAGAGUGAUACUGCUUCAAUUAAAUUGGCUGUUAGAGCAUUGCUUGAGUUACCUGUCUCAGUUACCGGUCUCAGUUACCUGACUGAGUUACCGGUCUCAGUUACCGAACUCAGUUACCAGACUGAGUUACCAGACUGA